AUGCAAACUAUCAAGUGUGUUGUAGUAGGUGAUGGUGCCGUUGGAAAAACUUGUCUCUUGAUCUCUUACACUACCAACAAAUUCCCUUCCGAAUAUGUUCCUACCGUCUUUGAUAAUUACGCCGUUACUGUAAUGAUUGGAGAUGAUCCAUACACUCUUGGUUUAUUCGAUACAGCAGGACAAGAAGAUUAUGAUCGACUUCGACCAUUAUCAUAUCCUCAAACGGAUGUCUUCUUAGUUUGUUUCUCAGUCACAAGUCCAGCUUCGUUCGAAAACGUGAAAGAGAAAUGGUUCCCUGAGGUCCAUCAUCAUUGUCCCGGUGUACCCUGUUUGAUCGUUGGCACUCAAGUCGAUUUGAGAGAAGAUUCAAGUCAUUUGGAGAAAUUAGCAAGACAGAAACAAAGACCGAUUACUACUGAACAAGGUGAAAGAUUAGCUAGAGAAUUAGGUGCUGUCAAAUAUGUAGAAUGUUCAGCCUUGACUCAGAGAGGUUUAAAGAACGUUUUCGAUGAAGCAAUUGUCGCAGCGCUGGAACCACCCGUCACCAAGAAGAAGAAUAAGUGUGUGAUAUUGUAG